CGUGGAUCCUGGAGCUCCGCCGGGAAGACCGAGGCUCGUGGGGUUCCAGGGACCCACCCGCAGUCUGAAUUCGAAACGAAUACAAACCCCGGGCGCCAGCUCUUGGCUGGCUUCAGCGUGAGGCUCCAGAAGAGGGUCUGUCCAAUCUACGUACGACGAGAGGGCACGAACGGCGGUGGCCUGUUUGCAGUCUCGGGGAAACUGGUCCCUUGAGAUUAUAGGAUUUACUCGGGUUUCUCUGGCUCCGGAGUCCAGUUGACAGAUGAGGAGGCUGCCAAAGAAAAGUGAAGCUAGCAGAGACGGGUUCAUGAGGUUGAAGGAAAGAAGCCGUCUCCACCACGUAAAAGUGCAGAGUGAAGCGGCAAGUGCUGAUGGAGAAGCUGUAGAACCCAAGAGAUCCAGCUCAGAUCGUGCACGAAGGUGGCUGUGUAAUAAGGAAGACCCUUUGUAUUCUAUUACAAGUUCAUCACUAAAAGGAUGUUUCCCAGAAGCUUAAAUGAUACAUAAGGGCCCAUCUCUGGGAACCCUGCCCCCCAGGUAGUGAGCAUUCAGCUAAACUACCUGUGUUUAGCUCCCAGGAAACAUCCUGACCCAGCCCACGUGUGAAUGGCUGCAGGAAGGAAGAAAUUAACCUAUCCCCUCUGGAGGCUGACUGAACCAGGACUUUAUUCCCACCCCUUUCAGUAUAAAAGAAGUCUGAAUUCUAAAUAGGGGAAGAUGGCUCCUUGGGACACGAGUCUACCAUCUUCUGAAGCCAGCCAGGAGCCUUGCUGCUUGUGGCCCGCCGGGCCCCAGAUUGGGGGAUAUUCUGGUAAGGCCCGGGCAGCUGCUGGAACACUUGUCCUGAGACUCUUUCCUUCAAAAUUCCCUGAAGCAGCACUGGCUGCCCCUUGGCAAAUGGAGCAGGGAAUUGACAUCUGGGAGCUGACAGGCUCAAUACAGUAGGGUUAAUCUAGGAUCCAGUUUCCAAAAUGUGGCGGCUCCUGGCCACACUCAGCUGCCUGGUGGUGUUGACCAGUGCCUGGAGCAAUGUGCAUUUCCCGCCUCUGUCAGAUGAGCUGGUCAACUUUGUUAACAAGCAGAACACUACGUGGAAGGCUGGACACAACUUCUACAACGUGGACCUGAGCUACGUGAAGAAGCUGUGUGGCACCUUCCUGGGCGGGCCCAAGCUGCCCCAGAGAGCUGCCUUUGCUGAGGGCAUGAUUCUGCCUGAAAGCUUCGAUGCCCGGGAACAGUGGCCAAACUGCCCGACCAUCAGAGAGAUCAGAGACCAGGGUUCCUGUGGCUCCUGCUGGGCGUUCGGGGCGGUGGAAGCCAUCUCUGACCGGCUCUGCAUCCGCAGCAAUGGACGUGUCAACGUGGAGGUGUCCGCCGAGGACAUGCUGACCUGCUGUGGCGACGAGUGUGGGGAGGGCUGUAAUGGCGGCUUCCCCGCUGGAGCCUGGAACUUCUGGACGAAACAAGGCCUGGUGUCCGGGGGCCUCUAUAACUCACAUGUGGGCUGCAGGCCCUACUCCAUCCCCCCCUGCGAGCACCACGUGAACGGCUCCCGGCCCCCGUGCACGGGGGAGGGCGACACCCCCAAGUGCAGCAAGAUCUGUGAGCCCGGCUACACCCCAUCCUACAAAGAAGACAAGCACUUUGGAUGCAGUUCCUACAGCGUCUCCGGUAGCGAGAAGGAGAUCAUGGCGGAGAUCUACAAAAACGGCCCAGUCGAGGGGGCCUUCUCUGUGUAUUCGGACUUCCUGCUGUACAAGUCUGGGGUGUACCAGCACGUCACAGGAGAGAUGAUGGGAGGCCAUGCCAUCCGCAUCCUGGGCUGGGGAGUGGAGAACGGCACCCCCUACUGGCUGGUCGGCAACUCCUGGAACACUGACUGGGGUGACAAUGGCUUCUUUAAAAUCCUCAGAGGAGAGGAUCACUGUGGAAUCGAAUCGGAAAUUGUGGCUGGAAUCCCAUGCACUCGUCAGUACUAGAAGAUGUAACUCCUGUGGGCCUGUCCGCCGGCCCUGGGGCAGUUUUUCCCUAAAUACCGCCAUUCAGACUGGGGAUGAGAUGCAGGGGUAGGAAUGUCUGAGUUUUAGCCAGGGCCUGAAGGACUGGGUCAGGCCGAGCCUCAUGUCUGCCAUCCGCACUGUCUUCCAAGGAGACGCAGCCAAGGCCAGCCCAGCGGACGGGCUGCUGUCACGACGCAAGCACUUAGGCAAGUAAGCGUCUGCCGAAGCAGAGCGAGCCUCUGCUGUAGACCAGCUGUGUAGUGCCUGCUGCCCCCGCCUCUGCGUCACCAGGGAGCAGGACAGACCGGAAGGGUUUGUAGUUUCCCAAAGGAGUGGGAAGCAGCGCUCUCCUAGCUAGAUGGAUUCCCACCCAAGCAGGCAGCUUUCUGGAUCCGGAAUAGGUUGAGAAGAGAUAGAUAGAUAGUGGGGGCAGCCCUUUGGAGAAAGCCACGUUCUCCCAGGGCCCCUGCGUCUGUCGAGGUCUGCAGCGCUGCUAACCCUCGCCGGUCUUGUCCUUGGCAUGAGUCUUAGGUUUUCUGUUGUGUGCUCCUCGGCUGAUCAGGUGGAUGAGAGUCUGCUGGUUGGAAGAGCUGUACUAGUGGUACAGAUUGUCUCCUUCAAACUCAGUGGUUGAGAUUUCUCUUACCUGCUGCUCUCUGAUAGCCCUCUGAUGCCACAGUCUGGGGAGAAGCCGGCUUUUACUGUUUUGAAAUCACUGCUUCACCCUGUUAAUAUAACAAAGAAAAGAAUGACUGCCAAUAAAAUGCCUCUUCUUCAAUGUGAA